AAGAGGAGAGGUUUGAAAUACCUCGUGGUUGGUUCACUCAUAUUUGCCAGCAUAACAGGCAAGAGGCGGAGAGAAGGAGCAUUGGCACAAGAACAGGAAAAGAGAGAGAGGGAGUUUAGUGUGCCUCUCCUGGGGAGAUGUACACCGCCAAUAACUAGGUCUCCAGUAAACAUCUAUGAGCGUCCUCUAUAAAGCUGCUGUGCUACUACAUGGAAUCACAGAGCAAAGGCACAAAUAUCAGCUUCAGUUCCAGUUUAAUUAUCAGCCUAUCAGCAGAUUUUCAGGGUUUCUCCUGCUUUGAACAUUAGAUGCUGACGAGAGCCGAAACAAACUAAACAAAGAUCAUCCAACUGAACAGAAAAUGACAGCUACAGCAGCUAAAGAACUUGACGAGCUCUGUUUUCUGUCAGCUCAGUCCAUGUCCAGUCUGAACGUUUCCCAACACUUUCAGAUGGUAAAGCUUCUGGGAGAGGGAUCGUAUGGAAAGGUCAUGCUGGCUGUGCACAAGAAGCAAGGAACGCCUAUGGCCCUGAAAUUCUCUCCUCGAAAGUCGACAUCACUCACGUCUUUCCUGCGUGAAUACAACCUCUCCCUUUGCUACUGCACCCAUCCUUCUCUGACACGGGCUCUUGGCAUCUUCUUCUCUACACCAUCCUACUAUGUCUUCGCCCAGCAAGCCGGUCUCUAUGGUGAUCUCUACAGUGUUAUUGUGUCAGAGGUUGGUGUGGAUGAACACUGUGUUCAGAGGGUGAUGUCCCAGCUGAGUGGGGCUGUUACACACCUCCACUCCCUGGGCUUUGUCCACCGUGACAUCAAACCUGAGAAUAUCUUCCUAUGUGACAGAUCUUGUAGCUGGGUCAAGCUGGGCGACUUUGGCCUCACCCGUGCCAUCGGCACCACAGUUAGAGCUGUUUGGUAUGAGUCGCCUUUCUGUACUCCAGAGGUGGAAAUUGCCAAGGAGGAAAGGCAAAGUGAGGAGAUUGAAGAGGAGGAGAAGGAGGAUAUUUGGAUAACUGUUGAGCCCUCCAUUGACAGCUGGGCCCUUGGUGUACUCAUCUACUGUUUGCUAACUGGCUGCUUCCCCUGGGAGGAGAGCACUCAUGAUGACCGUGGCUACCAUAAAUACAAGGCGUGGUUUGAUCGUGAGGCUGAAAAAGAAGAUAAAACUAGAAAGGUUGAGUGGAGGGAUAAGGAAGACUUUGAUGGUUACACUAUCAUGGAGGAAAACCAAAGAGACAACCCUCCUCCGUCACAGUUUGAGGGCCUCAGCCCUCUAGUGAUGACUCUUUUAAAGGAGCUGCUCCACCCUGAGCCCAAACACAGAGGGAGCCCAGAGGAGAUCCUGAGCUACCUGGGAGGGCCGUGGCUCGUGCAGACAGCGAGAGAGGAGAAAAGGAAAGCAGAGGAGGCCGAGAAUGAAGCCAAAAAAAUAAGAGAAAAAGGAGGAGUAGAAGAGGAGAUACUCAGAGAAGGAAGAGGGGAGAGAUGAGCUUUGUCUAUGAAACAAAGCAACAUCAACACUGUUUUCUAUGAAUCUGCUAUGCUGAUAUUGUGAGGAAGUGUUAUUGCAGAUACUGAUCCCACCCAAAUGUUUAAGGUGCUGAAUUUUUUAUAUGUUUGUAAAUAUUCUCUAUGAAAUCACCAUUUUCAUUCUUGCAUAUCUUUCUGCAUGCAUUUGUGUUGCCAUCAUCCUCAUCGGGGUGGCUGGUGGGGUCCUGCACUGCAGUCUCUGCAGUGGUGACGCCCUCUGUGGUCCUUGGUGAGGUGGCUUCUAGUGUGGAUGAGUCCCCAAGAUAUCGUUUUCUCACCUCAGUGUCAGGCCAGAUUUUUAUCGCCAGAUGUUUAUCUGUAGGUAUGUUUUUAUAUUGAUGUUUCAGUUAAAGAGACAGAAAGUAGAAAUCAGAGUUUAAGUUGUAUAUGUGUGCUGUGUGGGUCUGAGUGUGAUGAUGUGUGUCUGUGAGACAGUAUGAUCAGGUGUGUUGUUGAACUUUGUUUUAUACUUGUGUGUAAAGGUAUUUAAUAUAUUAAAAAUGUGUUAUUAUGUAAAGCACUUUGUGCUGCUUUUGUAUGAAAAGUGCUUUAUAAAUAAAGUUUGAUUUGAUUUGAUCAGUUUAUUAAACAAGUUGCAUUCUGCUUUUAAAAAUCCAUGUUCAUGUUAAUAACAUAAUCUUGAUGUACUGACCUUAAUGUGUCAAGUGGUUACAUACAGUAACACAUUACAGUUGAUGUAAUUUUACAAUUUAAAACACUGGGAAGCAGCAUUUAAUGUAAAAAAACAAACAAAAAAAAACAAAAAAAAAAAAACAGAAUGCAUCUAAA